AUGAUUGAUACAAAUGCUAACGGUUCCAUGUCUGAAAUACUACAUGGCGAGUUGAAGAAGUGGAUCAAUGUCAUUAUUCAAAACAAAACCUUGAACUCUCUCGAAUCAGUGCAAGCAAUGCUGGUUGUUGCUUGCUACUCAGCGGACCGCCUUCUCAUUCUGUCAUUUGCCAUGCGAAUGGCACUCGAUCUCGGGCUUCACGAAGCUUUUGGGAUACUGACCGAUCGACUGACGGCUAGAAAUGACGAUGACAUUUACAGUGGUAGUAGCUAUGGUGACCCUCGUCAUGAUGCCGAGGAAGAAAAGGUGCUCAUGCGAAAGUCAAGGACGUGGUUCGGGCUUCUUGUUUUGGAACACAUUUUUCGUGUAGAUGCUGGCAAGCCACCCGGGAUUUGCUUGCUCGGCAACCCACGUCGCUGUCGAAUCCUUUUGAGUCAUCCUUCAUCGACUAUCCUGGAUCUUCGCCUUUUCUCCCAAGUCGAGCUCAAUAUUCUGAGAGCAACAAUCAAUGACACAUUGAUUCUGAACACAACACUAAACCAUCAUGAGAUAUCUGACUUUGUCCAUGACAUGAAGACUGAUCUUGACUUGUGGUUCGAUGACUGGCUACGGAUCAUCGAGAAUUGUGGCUCUGCACAGCAAGAGAAACCAUAUCUUCUGGUAGCCCUUCGUGUUCAAAAAUGUUGGGCCGAAAUGAUGCUCAAUUGCAAAGCACUUCGGGCGAUGGGGGUAGAGAACGUGGCAGCGAUGACCCCCACUGAACGAGAAAUACUCCUUGCCGCCAAAGCUGCCGCCCGCAGACAUUUGAAUCUCAUCAUCUUCGAACCGACCUAUUACCUCGCAAAACUCAAAUAUGCCAUGGAUUUUGUCUGGGCCAAGUGUGCCUUUUCUUUUUUGCUCUUACUCAAGCUUUCACGUCUUCUUCCUGACCGGAAUGAACAACAUAAUGAGCUCCUAGACCAGGGCAGAAGGCUGAUCGAAGAGCUCAGUGGACUCGGCUCCAACAGCAAUCAGCCGAGUACUGGAAACAUCUAUCUUCAAAUCCUCAAGGUUAGCAUUGAAAAGUUCGGACGUGCGUUGGAAGAGUCACAGCAUUCUACUACGGAUGGAACGACUACCACUUCUCCCUUUUGGGAGCUGUUUGAUGCGCAGGCAGACCUGCAGUGGUUUAUGCCCGAGCAGUUUGUUUCCGAGUGGGAUUUUCCAGGGCUGAAUCUGUUUUUCUUUCCAACGGCCAUGCAAGACUUUUUCGGGGAUUUCUCGCUUGCAAUGUGA